CCGUGUUGACAGCGCUUCGGUCAGUUUCGUUGAGUUUGUUGGGAAUGCGGCUCGCGCGAAAAUGCGGUUUUCACUGUUUUUCUCAAUUUUUACGCUUAUCUCAGCUACCAGUGGCACUAAAUUUAACUAUCCACGAAUCCUCCUUCCAAUAUUUGAUAGGAUUUCUGUGAAUUUCACUGUUGAAAUCAUCGACAGAGGAUGUUUUUCUUGGUCAACAUCGAGGUCAGAUUUGGUGCAAAUAGCACCGGUCUUUGACGAAAUCAAUCCGGAAUGUUCACACACGGCAAUUGUGACUCCGGUAUCGCGGGAAAAGAAGCGCAGCACGGCUGUUGUCCUGGCUGAGAAUCUGGUGACAGGUGAUGUGGCAAGGUGUGAUGUUAUCCUAGAUGUUAUUGACCAGAUGGGGGUACUUACGACCACCCGGGAGUUGUACUUGGAAGAGGCUCCGGAGAGUUUUGAGCUGAUGGCUCUGGAUUCGCAAGGAAAUGCCUUUACUACGCUCGAGGGAGUUGAAUUCACCUGGCAGAUCAUUUCGCAGCAUCAUCAUGAGAGUGGUGGCAAGGACAAUUGGCGGCAAGUGUUGCGCUUCCUCACCUUCUCGGAGAGCAAUUACCAUCAAGUGCCGAAGAGUAUGGAACGUUUCGAGUUUCUGGGCCUCACGGGCUACAUGACUCUCCUGGAGGGUAUUAACACAGGCUCAGCCAAAGUUAGAGUGUCCCUGCCGUACAAGGAAUAUUCUCAUGUUCCGGUAAUUGAAGUGGACAUCAUGAUACUGGCCAAUAUUCUCCUAAAUCCGUCUGAUGUUCAUGUCAUCGUGGGGGACACCAUUGAAUUCCGCGUGUUUCAGCUGAAGCGCGGUAAACUCGAGGAGAUUGGCCUCAACAGUCAAUACUACCUCGAAGCUGAGAACGAAGAUCUCGUGGCGAUGCACGGAAAUCUCGCCAAGGGGCUCCAAUUGGGCAGAACAACUGUCAUCCUGCGGGAUAGAAACAUCCCACAUGACAGUGAUGACAGCGUCCUCAAACCCUCUGCUCCCAGAGCUACAGUAACCGUCUCCGAUCCUGCCAAGAUUGGCAUCAGUCUUCUGCCUCACAAUAACUGGAUCACUGUCGAGGAAGAGAGGCAUGAGAUUGCCAUUGAUCUGUUCACAGUAGAUGAUCAGAAAAUCACUCUGGGCAGCACAUUUUCCGUGGAGUCUUCCUUCGACGUCAGCUACUUCCAGCCACUGGACACAACGCCAAAUGGCACGAGGAUCUACGGAGAAGCCAUCCGGAAGGGAUCAACGCCAGUUGUUGGUAGUUUCCGUGACUUGGAAGCUCGUGCUGAGAUGCAGAUCUACGAGAAAUUGAACCUGUCUCCGACAUUUGUUCUCAUUCCCUACGAUCCCAAUUCACCCAAAAGGCAGAAGAUUGACUUUUUGGCAACGGGAGGCGACGGGAACUUUGUAUGGUCUAGUCUCAAUGCGAAUCUCAUGACGGUGAAUCAAAAUGGAGCAGCUGAAAGCCGACUGGAAAAUCUCAAAGGCCUCCAAUUGACGCAGGAUGAGCUGAAAGAUAUCAAGAAGCUGACUCAAGUGCGUGUAGCUCUAGCACGUAAUCCCAAGAUUUUCAAGUCCUCAGACAUCCUCUUCCGACCGCCAGUGAAGCUGGAAAUAGUGAAAUAUAACUUUGAGAGUGCCCUCAAUGAUUUUGUCCAUGUCCAUGUGGCUCUGUAUGCCAUGGUCAAUGAUACGCUCCUUGCUUUUACGCACUGCGAUAAUCUCGACUUUGCCAUGAAAUUUUCAAAUCAACUCUUUAUCGUGGAGCCGUUGAAGGAGUCGGUACCGCUUGCGAGUGGAGCAUGCAAAUUGAUCAAUUUGAGAGCAGUAAAUUUGGGGAGUACUUCUUUUGAAGUUUCCUACAAAUCCUUGGGAAAUGUGCUGUCAGAUACUGUGAAUUUGGUUGUUUUUGAGAAAUUGAACAUUUUGAAUCCGGUCAACAAUGAAGUUGUCCUGCCAAUUGGUGCUUCCAGAAAUGUGAUCUAUCACAAUGGACCACAGAAACUCUUCCACGUUGCUGCGGAAUUACUGAGCAAAGUAUCCUACAGCAAGACAUUGAUUUCCGUGACAAAAACACCAACUCUGAGCCAAGAUAAGACAGCAUUUAGGAUUCUGUGCAAGAAAGUUGGCGAGACAGAUUUUUUCUUUGAGAUAUACAAUAAUUUGCCCGGAGAGCGGCAUAUACCGUAUAUUUCGGCAUUUCUGACGAAAGUUUAUUGUGUGAAACCGCGCUUUCUGAGACUUUCGUCGAGGGAGCAGCUGAGGGAGAGUUGUCCGCUGAAGAAUCGGAUGUCCCUGAUGCAGAUUCAGGGAUCAUCGAAGCGUAUGGAGGUUGACAUUGAGGUGUUUGAUGAGAAUAAUCGACGUUUGGCCAAUAUAACGUCUCUCCAUCUUGACUGGGAAUUUCUCCAUGGACAGGCUCAGUUGCAGGAUAUGGAUUUCCAGCAGGACAGUCAAGUGGAAAUGAUUGAGGACAUUCCCAUUCCGGACAGAGACAUCCUGCAUCUUCCGCCGCCAGAAGUUACAACGGACUUCCGAAUCAGGGGCAAAGUGUCCAAGUAUGAGGCCAAAGUUCUCACGGAAUUGGGCGUUAAGCCAGAACAACCACACUUUGGAGUCCAGAAAAGUAUUUCGGAGGAUCCAGUAAAGCCCACAAUUGAGGAUGAACUGAGCUUCCUGGCUGUCAAUCACACUCUCCUGCCCUACAAUGAAAUGUCCAUCUUCCUGGGUCAGAAGUCACCAGCCACUGUGCAGAUACUCCAAGGCAGUGGCUUCUAUGAGAAAAAACUAGAUGAAGCUGGGAUUGUUGAUGUGGAAUUCGAUGAGAAUCGCAAGGAACUAACAAUCACUCCCCGGAGGAUUGGACAAGUACGCUUGAGUCUGAUGGAUCGUUGUUUGACCACUGAGGCCAACUUCCUGUUGAUUUCUGUGGUGUCCAUCGGUCGGAUUGACAUCAAAAUGCCGGAUCGUGUUGAGAGAACUAAGAGUAUUGAAGCCAUUGUAACGCUAUUUGAUUCAAAUGAUCGCAUCUUAGUGGUCGAUCAUAAGAAUUUGCCAAUUUAUGAAUUGACUGAAGAGAUCUUUCAUCCUCACCUGGUGACCCUGAGGCUGGGCAGACAGACAAAUCUCAGUCCUGGGGAGAUUAGGUAUGAGGUGACGGGUCAGGAAUUGGGUGAGACGACACUUGUUGUGAGUUCUGGGCAGGGUGAAAGGAGAAUUUCCAGUGCUCCGGCAAACAUUCAGGUGUUUUCACCACUGAGACUUCAUCCGAGGAAUGUGACAAUUGUGGUGGGGGCAACGGUGCAGAUUUAUGCUACAGGAGGACCUCAUCCGGAUGUCAAUGUGGUGUUCAGUGUGGAGAAGGAUGUGAUUUCGCUGGAGGGGAAUUUGGUGCGUGGAGAACGAUUGGGUGAGACAAAGGUGACGGGAAGGGCAAUGGGUGUUAGUCCGAGGAAUGGUCAGGCAAUUGUCUUCUCUGAGGAUGUUGUUCAUGUGAGAGUUGUCCCAUUGGAUGGGGUUAAGAUAAGGGCACCGUUGGUGAAGGUACGAAGUGGAGCAGUGAUGCCAGCUGCAAUUUGGGGUGUUCCGGAUUUAUCGCCAAUGGUUCUGGGAACGUUGGAGAAUAUCAAGGUGUAUUGGUCGACAAAUCAGCCGGAUGUUGUGGAGAUAUCGGGUGUUUUUGCUGAUAUUGGAGUGAAGUAUUCCGAUAGAGAUGCUAUCAGUGUGAGAAUUAGAGGGAAAAAUCCGGGAAAGGCUACAGUUCAUGCCAAAGUUAUUACACCGUACGGGAAUACACUGACAGCAAGGGUGGAAGUCAGUGUUUUCAGGCAAUUGGAACUUGAAGCUCCUAGACAUAUCACAUCAGACACAAUUCUCAUUCCUCCGCAAUCGACGUUGCAGCUCAAGGCGAAUCUCGAUGAAGUGUCUUAUGCUGUGGAUUCUAGUCAGAGGAAUUUUGUCACAGUGUCAAAUUCGGGAAUGGUGAAAUCUGUGGAAAAUAGUGGAUUGAGCUUAAUUGUAGCCACAGCUGAUGAUCAGAGUCUGUCCAUUCCGAUUGAAGUGAAGCCCAUUCACUAUGUCUUGGUGUCUCUGCAUCCGGUGAAUCUCAAAUUGAGAAAUGUCGAGUCUAAAAUUCCCCAAGGACUCAAUGUACGCCUCAAAGUCAGUCUCCAUGAUAAUCUGGGCAAUGAAUUUUCUCACAAUUUCGAUCCGGGAAGUCUACAGUGGAAACUGGCAAUGCGUGAUCUUGUUGAUGUUCAUUCUGGAGACAAUUUCACGUUGGAUCUCUCACUCCCCCGAGAAACUUCCAAUGUUCUAGCCAUUGGUCUUAGGGAUGUUCCGGGAAUCAAAUAUGGACAGGAUUAUGUCAAAUUGGCGGUUCAGCAGACGAAAAAUACCUUUCCGGAAGGAAGAAUUUUUACCGUUGGUGAUAUUAUUUGUUUCGAAUCUGCCCUAACAGCUGCAGCAAGCUGGUUCAGUUCGGAUGAAGGUCUCGUGGCAAUUGAUCAAGAUUCCGGAAUUGCCCUUGUGACGUCCACGGGAAUUGGAAAGGUGUCCAUCUUUCAUGGAAGUCCAAAUUUCAUCCAAGUGACGCAUAAUCUUGAACUAAGAGAAGCCAAUCAAGUUACUUUCCUCACCACUUUUGACAUCUUCAAUGGAGAAGUGUACACAGCUCCCCUGGUCAUCAGAAAUCACAUCCAGACCAGCAAAACUUCGAAUCUUCUAUCCCUGAAUACAUCCUGCAGCAAUCAAGUGGAAGUCAUUGCGAGUUCUUUCUUUUCCUGCCAUUUGCAUUCGCGACACAGUGACUUCAAGCAACUUCCGGAUUUCUUCCGGACACAGGCAAUCUUUGAUGCCAAACUGUCUUCGUAUGCAUGUCAGAUUGAACCUCGUCGGAAGAUUGAGGAUAUCAUUGGAUUGGUGAAGAAUGAAGAGAUAAAUUUGGAAUUGGAGGCACUUCUGUCAGCUGGACAUUCAGAUACCAUCUCUCUGAGGCUCAUACCGGCCAUUUCAGUCGUCCCAAGUAGUCUAGCUGUUGACCAGUUGCCAGCCCAGGGUAUCUCCAUCACCGGACUCGAUAAGGUACUGCAGAAGGUGGAAGUUCACUCGUCAGAUCCAAAAGUGCUGCAAGUGGGAAAAUUGGAAAAGACUCAAGGCAUGUUGCAGAGUCAGCUGAAACUUCUGGCAGCACUACCGGAAGAUGAAACUGUUCACCUAGAAGUAUCAUCGCCACUGACCAAGCAGACCAUCCAGGUGCCGAUUCUAUCACCAAUGGCAGCCAGGAAGUGCUCAAAGCAACCCUUCAAUUUGGCAGGAGGAAUCUAUGAGAUUGUAUCAAAUCUCGGAGUGAUCAUUUCCAUCACAGUCAUCCUUGGAAUUUUCACAUGGGCUUUCGUUUGCUACUUCAAUAGACGAUCGUCCAAUUUAAAUGCGCAUCUAUUCAAUCGGAGUGGAGGCGAUGACAAUCUUCAGUAUCGCCAGAAUCUUCUGGGGUCCCCUGCAAAUGGAACAAGAAGAUCAUCGCCUUUUCAAUCCUCGCCAUCAUCUCCUAGUCCAGGAAGUCCGGGUGGGAAGUUUUCAAUGAGACCCACUCAGUUACCUGAAGAUUCUACAAUUUACGGUGACACGACACUUAUGUCACCUCAGAGAAGGAGCUACAGGCGCUAUCUGUGAAAAAAAUAUUUAAAAAAAAACAAGCGCUUCAAGUAGAAGAGUGUUCAAGGUAGGUUUAAGUUAAACAUUUUUCGUUUUUUUUUACCGUGAUUCUUCCUCGAGAUCUCAUUGAAAGCAACUGAAAAUUAAGAAGUUUUUAAAGACUUUGCGAUAUAAUAUUUUUUCUUCAAUUUUUCUUUAAUUAUUAUUUUUUUUAAAUACCCAAAGACCAAUUGAAUUCCUUUGAAGACAGAGCGGACCUACUUUCGUCAACUCAAUCACUAAUCGAAUAAGGCAAAGUCAAAUAUUCAGGGAUUCGUUACAACUUAAUAAAAAAAACAACUUUUAUGUAAUAAGACUUAGAAUUUAAGGUGACUCGAUGUUAAAUGAUAUUUUUCUAGUUUCUGACAUAAAACUGUCGAUGGAGAAAAUGAGAUUUCUUGUCAUUAAUAUAAAUAAUAAUAAAAAAAAUGAUAUAGAUAGAAUAAGAAAUAAAUGUGAAAUAAAACCUGUUGAAAGUUUUCGUACUAAAUAAAAACAAAUAAUAAAUAAAA